GACCGUCGUGAGGAAGUUAGCCACUAGCCGGCUAAGUUGCUAAAAAAGUAAACAAGUCAGAGGGAUGAGAUGAAAUUCAGCUUGUGGGACAAAGUAGCUUUUUGAACCAUGAAGGAAGACAAAGAAAACACUCGGCCUAAAGACAAAAGGGUGGAAAUAAGGUGCGAAGAUGGAGAAAAGAUGGAAAGGUCGAAGGAAAAGAAGGAGGCCAUGACAAAGAUCGUGAUCAGACGAUUACCACCAAGUCUGACCAAAGAGGAGCUGGAGGAGCAGCUGCAACCGCUCCCAGAGUUGGAUUACCUGGAGUUUUUCUCCAAUGACACCAGCCUUUACCCUCAUCUCUUCGCAAGGGCUUACAUCAAUUUCAAAAAUCAAGAGGAUAUAGUUCUCUUCAGGGAUCGAUUUGAUGGAUAUGUGUUCAUUGACAGCAGAGGACAAGAGUAUCCCGCCAUUGUGGAGUUUGCACCGUUUCAAAAAACUGCCAAAAAAAGAAGCAAGAAAAAGGAUGCAAAAUGUGGAACGAUUAAUGAAGAUCCUGAUUACAAGAAGUUCCUGGAAUAUUAUAAUGGAGACGAGGAAAAAUUUACAUCUACGCCUGAAACCCUGUUGGAGGAGAUUGAGGCGAAAACAAAGGAACUUGUAGCUAAAAAAACCACUCCUCUGCUGGACUUCCUGAAGAAUAAACAGAGGAUCAGGGAAGAAAAGAAAGAGGAGAGGAGGAGGAGGGAACUCGAACGCAAGCGCCAGCGUGACGAGGAGCGUCGAAAGUGGAGGGAGGAGGAGAGAAGGAAACGCAAAGAGGCCGAGAAGAUGAAGAGACUUGAAAAACCGCUGGAGAAAGACAAGGACCAUGUUAAAGAGGAACCAAAAAUCAAACUCCUGAAGAAGCCAGACAGAGGGGGGGAUGAUGCCGAUUCUGAGAAACCCAAGGAAAAAGCCAAGAAACCAGAGAGACCAAAUAAAGAGGACAGAUCCAUGGGAAGUGCUGAUCAUAAGAGACGUCAGAACAUUGAAAAUAAGGAGGACCGGGGAAGGAAAGCGGACGAAGACGGACGCAAGGAGUUCAGAGAGCGCGAUGUAGACCGCGAAAGGGAGCGUGAGCGGCGGCAGAAAGAGAAGGAACGCAUUAGGCGUCAGGACGAGGAUCGGCGAAGAAGGAGGGAGCGGCAGGACGGAGAGAACACCAGUGUGAAGCGGGGGGAGGAGGACAUGGUUAAAAAAGAGAAAGAGCGUUCCUCAGAGAAGAAGAAGGGCGAUAGCAUGGCGGACUCUGCUCACGCUGAGAGGCCAGAAAGGCCCCCCAAAGACCACAAGAAGGAGGAAAGUGCCAAAAGAGAGCGGCUACGAAAUAAGGACCGACCGGCUAUUCAGCUCUACCAGCCAGGGGCCAGAAACCGUGUUCGAACAGGUCCAGGAGGAGGUGGAGGAGGUGGUGGAGGUGGUGGAGGUGGAGGAGGAGCUGAAUCCGGCUCUGUCGACAGGAAGCCAGAUACUGAGACUAAGAAACUGGCUGAUAAAGGAGAUGACUGAGCCGAUUUCUACUUGUGGCAUCUCUUAGUUUGGUGGGGAGCGGGAAAAAGGCCUGUGAGGCUCAGAGCAGCGAGGUGUUGCCUCAGGGCCACGAGCAGCUCGAGCUGGACUGCAUCACCCGGUCUCAGAGGCAGAGAUGUGAUUAAGGAGCCUCUUAGUGCCUGAAUGUGACCCUCUUUAGUUUCAUUUGUUAAGAAAGGUGACAGUAACCUUUGGAAAGAAUUUGGCUAUAGGGCACAUUAGGUGAAGCCAAAGCUUUCUUGGACCAUGAAAACUCAACAAGUGACCUUAUUUCAGUAUCAUUUCUUCUGAGGUUAAGUGUUGUUCACGCUGCAAACAUUCGCUUUUACAGUUGUCGCCUGCAUUUAGCUUUCUACUUACUCAGUCUAUCAACAUUGCCAAGCUCAUCAGCAUAAUUUCUGCACUGUCAGGAAUUAGAUUUUUGUUGUAGUGUUGCUGUUUUCAGUUUGACGUGUACACAUGGAAAUAACAUCUUACUCUGACUGGGGAGCUAGACAAUCCAAAUAUAUGUGUAUUAAAACUUUUCAUGGUCUAUAACUCCAAAAUAGUUGUUAGUCUUAUGGGCACAACUGUUGUUAUGCAUACUCAAUGACAGAGUCUGUACUUUGUUUUGGGAUCAUGUGUUUUUUUUCCUUCAUCCAUUCAGUAACUUUCCAUUUCUGACUAGACUGCCAUGUGACAGCCGUGCCUGCAUGCAGACUUCAAUCAGAGUGAUCGACUUGUGGCCUUUCCCCCCUUUUCUAAUCUGAGACUCCCCUUUAAACAUGAAACUGUGCACUAAACUGAAUACAGCAUGAAGACAUAUCACUGCUGGUAAUGUUAACAGCCACUUUUGACUGGAA